AGGCUAGUAACGCGCCUCGUUAGUAAUUCCGCAAACCUGAAAGUGCCAUGGACGGACGUUUAGAGACGGAUUUGUAUCCUCUGGGAUCCAGCUACGUCCCUGACAUUGACGGCGUCCAUGAUAUAACAGUCGGCACAAAGAGAGGAUCUGACGAGCUCUUUUCCUCCUGCGUCUCUAACGGCCCGUACAUCAUGAGCUCAGGAGCAGCGAACGGCAACGACAGUAAAAAGUUUAAGGGGGACGUCAGGAGUCCAGGUGUCCCCUCUCGAGUCGUCCAUGUGAGAAAGUUACCCAGCGACAUAAACGAGGCUGAGGUCAUCUCGUUAGGACUUCCCUUUGGCAAAGUGACCAACCUGCUGAUGCUCAAGGGCAAAAACCAGGCUUUUCUGGAGAUGAACACGGAGGAGUCGGCCCAGACCAUGGUGAACUACUACUCCUCCGUCACGCCAGUCAUCCGGAGUCAACCCGUCUUCAUCCAGUACUCCAACCACAAGGAGCUGAAGACUGACAACUCGCCCAACCAAGUGCGCGCUCAGGCAGCCCUGCAGGCAGUGAACGCGGUUCAGACGGCGAGCGUGCCUCUCAGCGGCGUGGACGUGGGAGGGUCCGGCGGUCAGAGUCCUGUACUGAGGGUGAUCGUGGAGAACCUGUUCUACCCAGUCACUCUGGAGGUUCUGCACCAGAUCUUCUCGAAGUUUGGGACGGUGCUGAAGAUCAUCACAUUUACCAAAAACAAUCAGUUCCAGGCUCUGGUUCAGUACUCGGACACCGUGACGGCUCAGCACUCCAAGCUGUCUCUGGAUGGACAGAACAUCUAUAACGCCUGCUGUACGCUGCGCAUCAGCUUCUCCAAACUCACCAGCUUGAACGUUAAGUACAACAAUGAUAAGAGCAGAGACUACACCCGGCCCGAUCUGCCCACCGGGGACGGCCCGACCUCGCUCGAACAGCAGACCAUCGCCACCACCGCCUUCACACCUGGUUUAAUCUCUGCAGCUCCUUUCGCGAGUGCCCACAGCUUCCCUCCGGCGUUCGCCCUCCAGCAGACUGCAGGUCUGUCUCUUUCCGGCCUUCCCGCCAGCGCCCUGGCGUCUCUCGGAGUUCCUGGUGCGGCCGCCGCCGCGGGUCGUCUGGCGCUGUCCGCCGGACUCAACACCUCGACACACACCGUCCUGCUCGUCAGUAACCUUAACCCCGAGAGCGUUACGCCCCAAUGCCUCUUUAUUCUUUUCGGUGUCUAUGGCGACGUGAUGAGGGUGAAGAUCCUCUUCAAUAAGAAGGAGAAUGCUCUGGUGCAGAUGGCAGACGCAACACAAGCACAGCUUGCGAUGAGUUACCUGAAUGGUCAGAAGUUGCAUGGGAAGCCACUGCGUGUGACUCUGUCCAAACACACCACAGUGCAGCUUCCCCGAGAGGGACAUGAGGACCAGGGACUCACUAAAGACUUCUCCACCUCACCGCUACACCGAUUCAAGAAGCCUGGCUCCAAGAACUACUCCAACAUCUUCCCUCCGUCCGCCACCCUCCACCUGUCUAACAUCCCACCCUCUGUUGGUGAAGAUGAUCUUAAAGACCUGUUCAGGAGUUCAGGAGCCACAGUGAAAGCCUUCAAGUUCUUCCAGAAGGACCACAAGAUGGCGCUGAUCCAGCUGGGCUCUGUGGAGGAGGCCAUCGAGUCACUGAUCGAGUUCCACAAUCACGAUCUGGGCGAGAACCAUCACCUCCGCGUCUCCUUCUCCAAAUCCACCAUCUGAGACUCGCUCAGGGUUAAUUACCACACACACACACACACACACACACACACACGUGUGUGUACAUAUAUACGUAUAUGUAUAUACACGCGCGCGCACAUGCACACACGUCAUCAUUCCUUUUCUUAUCCACACGCAGACCAGAAGAAACCCAAUAUUUUAAUUUGGGUUUAAUUUGUAAUCUUUUAUUUCUGCACACAUUUUCUUAAAAUUAUUGGUGCAAAAAUGAUUUGUAGUGUAUCCUCCAUGUUUAUGGUUAAAUCUAUAUAUAUAUAAAUAUAUAUCUCUAUACGCUGAUUGUUUUUCUAUUGGGGCGGGGUUUGGGGAAAUGCUGGGGUUUUUGUUUUUCUGUAAUCAUAGAUGCUGCCUGGUUCACACUCGGUGCCUAUAUAUACACACACACACACACACACACACACACACACACACACACACACACGGCCAUUCCCAUUUCUGCCUUCCAAAACGCAGUGCCUUAUAUGGUCACUUCCUGUGUGACGAACUCAAGGUUCUGUUUUUUUUUUUGUUUUUGUUUUUUCCUGAUUUUUUUUUAUUUAUUUUUUGUUCCCUAAGAGAUCAGACUUGGUUUUGAGGUUUAAUCAGACACUCCACUCUAAAACACGUUCUUAUUUCCUCCUCUAGACAUUGUGUAGGAUGUAGCAAAGUGUAAGAUAAUCCUUUGAUUAAUUAAGCUUUGUGUUUGGCUUAAUAUUACAUAUUCAUAUCACUUCAGAUCUUCAGGGCCUUGUGGUCGUUUUUGACAGGAGAAUCUUUUUGGACGCAUAUUAAUUGAUUAUUCAGAUUAGUCUACAAGACAUGCCCACUUGUUAGCAUAUAUUUGCAUAUUGAAGCAAUGUUUUAGGCUUGUUGACUUUAUUUUGUGAUCUAAGUGUUUACAGGACAGAUUCAUGUGAUCUAAAGGAAUCUGGUAAAUUUGGUUUAUUUAUGGCUGUAGAAGUGCCUCAGAGUCGGCCUUAGUGAUUUAUUAAUAAUUAAUGAUUUAUUUUAUUAUAUUCAAGCUUCAGGUGGUGGUUCAGGACUUUAAUCUCAGACACUUGUCUAAUUCUUUACAGAUUCUCAGUUUGAAUUUUUAUACCCGAUUCGUUGUUUACAUAAACUUAAACGUAACCCUUUAUAUAAAAGUCAUUUGCAUAGUAGGCCUUGUGGUUUCUUUUGAUUUUUUUUUUCUAUAUAAACAUUCAGAUCAGUGUUACGAGACCGUGAAAUGUUUAAGAUUUAGUUUUUCUUGUUGAGUGUCUUAAUUUUUAUUUAAUCCACCAGUUAAUUUGCUUAUUAAUGCCAUGAUGAGGAUGAAUCAGGUCCCCCGUACGAUCUUAAUCAUUGUUAUAAUUAUUAUUAUUCAUAAUUUAAAAUUGAGUGGCUCUGAAAUGAGUCGUUGCUGAAUUUGUAUAUUCUAGCUUUAUAUGGUUGAAUUAAGGCCCCCCCCCCCUUUUUUAGGUAGUUUUGUUGAUCUGCAUGUUAUUGAUCUACAGUAAGCUACACUUUUAUUCCUGCAUGCACACACACACACACACACACACACACACACACGUGCCUUCACUCGCCCAGACUAGUGAUUUAUUUCUGCACACUCGCCGAGUCCAAUCCUUGCGUCUCCGUCUUACGGUUUACACCCAACUGACUCCCUCAUACACCAACUCUACUUCCUGUUCACAUGUCUUAAUGAUAGAUUAAAUUUUUUUGGGCACUUUAUGUUUAUAUAUGUACUUAAUGGUAAAGGAGGUUGCCGUUUGCAUUUCUGCAUGUAAAUGAAACUGCCACAGCGUUUCCCGUCUCACUCCAGACGCCAGAGCGAACCCCAGACGUGAGCACAGUAGGAGUGGCUCAUAGCAGGGUGCAGUCAUAAAAUUCCUCAUUUACAGUAACAUACAAAGCCACGCCCCUCACCUGAGCCUGAUCCAGCUGCACAGCGCUAACCUGGAGCCUGUGGGCACACGUCUCCUCCUCGUAGCUCCGCUGCAGAACUAAAGCCAACCUCUGUGUCGUGGUGAGACGGCAGCACUGUUGCUGUCUUAUUUUCUCCUCAUGGUUUAUCCUCCUCACAUUCCUUUGGCCUUUAAUCCUUAAACACAAAGACCAAAACACGUUUAGUCUUACCAGAGAGUGGAGUGUAGGGUCGCGUCCCAAACACUAGUGUUUGAUUGAAGUCUUCUUACUGGAGUUCAUGCUAACGGUUGGUAAAGAACCAUUUAAAGAGAGCCUGUUCUUGCAGUGCAUUGUGGGUAAUGCCUCAUGUUCCAGUAAGAACACUAAUACAGUCGUUACUUCCAGUGUUUGAGACAAAGCUGUCCUUUUUUUUUUUUUUUUUUUUCUCCCCCUUUUGUUUCUGAGUGAUGAAAAUAAUCAUAUCUUUGUGUAUAUUUUGAUACACUUGACAUUGUAGAUCAUUUAUGUUUUGUAUUACACAGAAUAUUAAAGAUGUUCCUUCACUGUG